UAUACGUGUUCGGUCAAAAUUUAUAAUUUCCAUAUUAAUAAAUAUUAAACAAUUGAAUUGAAUUUAUCGCAUAUAUUUUUUAAUUAAUUUUUGUUUAUUUUCAUUAAAAUUCAAAUUAAAUUGUUUUAUAAGUUAUUUUUUUUUUUUAAAUUUAAAGAAAAAAUUUAUAAAAAUUUAGAAAUAAAUUAUAAUUACCAUUUUAGGAUCACGGUAACGCACAAUAUCUUUAAUUGAUAUUAAAAUAAUGACUCGGGGAGUUUUAACAUUAUGUAAAUAUGCCAAUACAAAUUUUUAUACUACGCCAGUAAUAAAUCCUUUGCGAUUGUUUUCUGGAUCUGUUAAGAUAUUACAAAAAGAUGGUAAACCUGUUGAGGCGGUGAAAGGUAUUCCAUAUAAGAAUUUAGUAAUAGGAGUCCCUAAAGAAAGAUGGACAAAUGAGAGGCGAGUUGCAAUGACUCCAGCUGUUUCAGCUGCACUCAUAAAGAAAGGAUUUAAUGUACAAAUGGAAAAAGGAGCUGGAGUUGAAGCAAAAUUCCGUGAUGAAGAUUAUACUGGAGUAGGUGUCAAACUUGUUGAUGAAAACUCAAUUUAUAAUUCUGAUAUUAUUUUAAAAGUUCGUCAACCAAUGGAAUCUGAAGUUGAAAAAUUUAAACAAGGGCAAACAUUAAUUUCAUUUUUAUAUCCAGCACAAAAUAAAACACUAAUAGAUAAAAUGUCCACAAAAAAAAUUAAUGCUUUCGCAAUGGAUUGCAUCCCAAGAAUUUCCAGAGCUCAAGUCUUUGAUGCCUUAAGUUCAAUGGCAAACAUUGCCGGAUAUCGAGCAGUUAUUGAAGCAGCUAAUCAUUUUCCACGAUUUUUUAGUGGCCAAAUAACAGCAGCUGGCAAAGUUCCGCCUGCAAAAAUUUUAGUAGUUGGGGGCGGUGUUGCUGGAUUAGCUGCAAUUGGGCAAGCUAAAAAUAUGGGAGCUAUUGUUAAAGCCUUCGAUACAAGAUCAGCUGUAAAAGAACAAGUUGAAAGUUUAGGAGCUGAGUUCUUAACUAUCGAUAUCAAAGAAGAAGGUGGAACGGCAGCUGGUUACAGCAAAGAAAUGAGUAAGGAAUUUAUUGAAGCCGAACACGCAUUAUUUGCAAAGCAGUGUGAAGAAUGUGAUGUCAUCAUUACAACGGCAUUGAUACCUGGGAAGAAGGCACCUUUGCUUAUUCUAGAAGAACACGUUAAAAAAAUGAAACCUGGAAGUGUAAUAGUCGAUUUAGCAGCUGAAACUGGAGGGAACGUCGCAACAACAGUUCCUGGAAAAGUAGCUGUAGUUCAUGAUGUUGUUCACAUAGGUUUAACAGAUUUAUCGAGCCGACUGCCUACUCAAAGCUCUACGCUUUAUGCAAAUAACAUUUCAAAAUUCUUAUUAUCUAUAGGAGAAAAAGAUCAUUUCAAUAUUAAUUUAAAUGACGACGUAGUAAGAGGCUCAAUAGUAUUAAAGGAUGGUGAAUUAAUGUGGCCACCACCAGUAAUAUCAGUUUCGGCAGCACCACCACCAUCGGUGUCGAAGACAACUGCAAAAGCCGUAGUUCCUGUGGCCCCAAAUCCUUUUAAUGAUACUCUAAAAACCAGUUUAACUUAUACUGCUGGUCUAGGCUCACUUUUGGCUUUAGGUAUUGCAUCUCCAAAUCCCGCAUUCACAACAAUGAUGACAACGUUUGGAUUAUCUGGUAUUGUUGGUUAUCACACUGUUUGGGGCGUUACUCCAGCUUUACAUUCGCCUUUAAUGUCAGUAACAAAUGCUAUAUCAGGAAUAACAGCCGUAGGUGGUUUGUUGCUGAUGAAUGGGGGAUAUUACCCUACAAAUACAGUAGAAGGUUUAGCCGCAGCCGCAGCACUCAUUUCUUUUGUCAAUAUUGCAGGUGGUUUUCUUGUUACACAAAGAAUGCUAGAUAUGUUCAAAAGACCAGAUGAUCCACCAGAAUACAAUGGACUGUACGGAAUUCCUGCUGCAGUUUUCCUCGGGGGUUAUGGUUAUGCUGCUUUUCAAAAUUUACCAGAAGUUCACCAAAUGACAUAUUUAGCAGCUAGUUUAUGUUGUGUAGGAGCAUUGGCAGGUUUAUCAUCACAAAAAACUGCACGCGUUGGAAAUGCCUUAGGAAUGAUUGGUGUAAGCGGAGGUCUUGCAGCUACUUUAGGAUUCAUGUCCCCUAGUACAGAAGUUUUAAUGCAAAUGGCUGGAGUUGCCGCAAUUGGAGGAAGCAUUGGUGGAAUAAUUGCAAAACGUAUUCAAAUAACUGAUUUACCCCAAUUAGUAGCUGCUUUUCACAGUUUGGUGGGAUUAGCAGCAGUUUUAACAUGCGUAGCGACAUACAUUCACGAUUUCCCUACUCUUGCGACAGAUCCAGCAGCAAAUGUUUUAAAAACAGCUCUAUUUUUGGGAACCUACAUUGGCGGUGUUACUUUCAGUGGUUCCCUUGUUGCAUAUGGUAAAUUGCAAGGAAUUUUGAAUUCGGCACCACUUCUUUUACCUGGGCGUCAUGCAAUAAAUGCAGCUCUUUUAGCUGGUAAUGUUGGAGCUAUGGGGGCAUUUUAUAUGGAACCGACAUUAUCUGGUGGAUUAGGUUUAUUGGGAGCUACAUCGGCUAUGUCGACAAUCAUGGGAUUAACUUUAACUGCUGCUAUUGGAGGAGCUGAUAUGCCAGUUGUAAUUACUGUACUUAAUUCGUAUUCCGGUUGGGCAUUGUGUGCUGAAGGAUUUAUGCUAAAUAAUAAUUUGAUGACCAUUGUUGGGGCGUUGAUUGGUUCAUCUGGAGCUAUUUUAUCAUAUAUUAUGUGUAAGGCGAUGAACAGAUCGCUACCAAAUGUUAUUUUAGGUGGCUAUGGAACCUCUUCAACUGGAACUGGAAAACCAAAGGAAAUUACAGGAACCCAUACAGAAAUUAAUCCUGAUAAUUGCAUUGAGCUAAUACGUAAUGCUAAAAAUAUAAUCAUUACCCCUGGCUAUGGUUUAUGUGUAGCUAAAGCACAGUAUCCCAUCGCUGAAAUGGUUUCAAUAUUAAAAUCAAAAGGAAAAAAUGUAAGAUUUGGUAUUCAUCCGGUUGCUGGACGUAUGCCAGGUCAAUUGAACGUCCUAUUAGCUGAAGCUGGGGUACCUUAUGAUGAUGUACUUGAAAUGGAGGAAAUCAAUGAGGACUUUAAAGAAACAGAUUUAGUUUUAGUUAUUGGAGCUAAUGAUACUGUUAAUAGUGCUGCUGAAGAUGAUCCAAAUUCAAUUAUAGCUGGAAUGCCAGUAUUAAGAGUAUGGAAUGCUGAAAAUGUUGUUGUAAUGAAGAGAUCUUUAGGUGUAGGUUAUGCCGCUGUUGAUAAUCCCAUAUUCUACAAACCUAAUACUUCCAUGUUAUUGGGAGAUGCGAAAAAAACGUGUGAUGCUUUAUUAAGUAAAAUUAAGGAAGUAUAUAAUUAAUUAAUUUUAAAUUUACAAAACGAAACAAUUUAAACUGGAAUGAAAAGUAUGUAUAUUAAAUAUUUAAAAUGUAAUUUUUAUAAAGUAUAAUGUCUCGCAUAUUUUUGUGCAUUUUGAAUUUGUAAAAAAAAAAAAAUUUUUAUUAUAAAUUUUAAUAAAUUUUUUAAAUUUUAAGUAAAUUUUCUUU